AUGGCGGAACAUAUAAAUGCCCCGAAGCGGCUCGGUCGGAUGCCGCAACUCACCGAACUGCGAAGACCUGAGGACGACUGGACCGGAGUUACCAAGUCGGCCGAUAGGAGGAAGCGGCAGAACCGACUCAACCAGAGAGCUUACCGGAGGCGGAAGCUUGAGCAGAAUGACGGCAAGAGUGUCGUCACUCAGUCAUGGCCUCUGGAUGGAUACCUCAUGAUUGAGGAUCCGCAGAAGAGGGCUGUUACGUAUGCUUUCAUGCAGCUGGCUCAGAUGCAGUAUACGCUCAAGAACCAUCGCUUGACGUAUCUCCCUUCGCUCAUUCGACUCAACGCCGUCAACGCUCUUUCGCACAAUGCGCGGACUCUAGGGAUCCCGCUUGAAGGUCUCUGCAGCGAUGAGAUGAUUUCGCAGUUCAAUGCUCUUGGUCCAAAGACUUUGGAUGGUGUCACGGUGGAGCCGACUCUUCCUGAGAACCUUCGUCCGACGCAGUUGCAAUCGACUUUUGCGCACCACCCAUGGACUGAUUUGCUUCCUGCUCCUCGACUGCGGGAUAACAUCCUGCACGGAAUCAAGAACGAUGUUUUUGACGAGGACGAGUUGUGUUGCGAUCUUCUUAGUGUUGUGAGCAGUCGCGAGUUGGACGAAGCAUUCCUCAUUGUCUGGGGAGAUCCAACCGAUGUGUAUGGCUGGGAAGUCAGCGUUGGGUUCUUUAAGAAAUGGGGAUGGUUACUCCGCGGAUGUCCGGAGAUGAUUGAGGCGACGAAUCGAUGGCGACAACAACGGGGAGAGUCAAAGAUUGAGUUUCCAGUCUGA